AUGGCGGUGUCCGAGGAAGACGAUCUUCCUCCUCCGCUUGAGGCCACCCGCAGGCGAACUCCAGCCGCUAACGCCGAGAAGGAGAAGUUUGAUGGAGAGUUGGAGGACCUGCAAGAGAAGAACGAGGUGGCCGAAGCCUUGAUGCAAAAGGCACUGGCUGCCCGGGAGCAGAAGAAGAAGGACACCGAGGAGGCCCGGAAGAAGGUGGACCAGGGCUUUGGAGGGGGGCUCAAGAAGGGCUUCCUGGGCGGCACCAAGGCUCCAAAGAAGAAAGUUGAAAAGACGGAGGCCAUCCAGGAGAUCUCCACCAAGAGCGACAACAAGAAGAGCACCAGCGAGGAAGUGCCCUUCAUCACAGGCGCAGGAUCUGCCCAGGAAGCCAAACGGAUGAGCCUGCAAAUGCCGGAGGUGCAGCAGGCUGUGCAGGGCAUGUCCCGGUUGAAGGAGGACCAGUCCUGGAUCACUCCGCAGCUCAUGGCGGCUAUGCAGUCCCGUCCAGACCUUCUGAAGGCGCUGUCGGAUCCAAAGAUCCAGCAGGCGAUGGCCCUGAUGCAGACUGCCCCCGAUGAGGCAAAGCGCAGGUAUGCGAAUGACCCGGAAGUCACAGCGUUCAUGCAGGACUUCAGCGCGCUCAUGGCCACUCAUUUCGACGUUCUGAGCAAGGAGGCUCCGAAUCCUGGCAAGCCGCAAGCUGGCUAUACAAAAGCGCCAUCCCCACCUGCAAAGGCGAGCCCAGCACAGCAGGCUUCGCCCCUGGAUGAUCCAAAGGUUGCAAAGGCCUUCCAGGACAAUUUGGUGUGCAGCAUGCAGGGGACACCAUGGGUUGCCCGGAUCUUUGUCGGCCUUCGGCAGGCAUUCGAGAGCCUUUCUUUCACCACUUCGUGA